UCGUGAGAACUGUCAAAUCGUUCGUAAUAUUUAUCGCAACGCAGGCAGUAGCAAAAUUUGAAGGCGUAAUUUUUUCACUUUGCGGUAGUUUUAGAGUCAUUUAGUGCUGCAAAUAAUUAGUUUAAAUGAAUAAUAAAGUACUGUUAGGUAUAGUGCUGAUGGUUUUCCUACAAUUCGUUAGUUCUCAGGCACAAUCCUACGAGGACAAACGAUGUAAGUGCAUCUGUCCCAGCAUCAAGUCGGUUAACAACAACACUGAGGAUGACUCGGAUCGGAUGUUGAUAAUCGACAAUGUUCCCCCGAACAAGUGUAACUGUGAUGGGGUCAUUCUUCCGCGUAUUGCCGACAAGAUAAAGGGCAAAGAGCAGGAGUUUUGCCCACGAUGCGACUGCAAGUACGAGAACCGAAAUACGACGAUUAUAAAGGUGGUCGUAAUCAUCGUAAUAUGGAUCAUAUCCCUACUGGUGAUUUACAUGCUGUUCCUUAUGUGUCUGGAUCCAUUGCUGAACAAACGAGUGAAGGCGAAUUACCAGGAACACACAAAUGAAGAUGAGGAUACUUCGGUCGCCGUUGGCAAUCACAGUCAAGAUAUGCAGGUUCGAGAUGGAAAUGUCCUCAAUCGGGUCGGUCACUCGCAGGAUAAGUGGAAACGGCAGGUGCGAGAACAGCGGCGCAACAUCUACGACCGACAUACCAUGCUCAACUGAAGAUUUUUUGAAUUAGUUGAAGGAGCAUCACCUACAUUUAUAACUUAAUCCAUUUAUCAUAUUGUAAUUGUUAGCAGAAUACUUUGGACUAAAUGAAACAUACUCCCAUUGGAUAUACAAAA